UGGAGUUGUAAACCGCAGUAGGACAAGAAAUGAGCAGCUAAGCUAACAGCAGCCUAGCAUGUCCCAUUGAACGAGGAAAUGGCGGCGACGAUGACUGCCGUUUAGCAGCCCCCUUUCUCGGUCGGGCAAUAUUGCUCGUGUCAAAGUUGCCAUUGAUAGGUCACGCACACGACGGAGAUACGACAUGAACGCUCUUGUCGGAUACAGCGGCUCGUCGGACUCGGACAGUGACGAAGACUCACCUGAGAAAGCCCAAAGCGGCCGUGGGGGAGCGGAUGUCGCCGAUUGGGCCCCGCCGGACAGGAAGACCCCGAACUUCAUGCUGGAAAGCGGUUCGACUACCAGCGAGUCUGAUGGAUCCGACCGCGGCGACCGGGAGCCUGGCUCCUCGGUCCGUGGAAGCGGAAGCCAGCCCGGCCCGCCUUCGGCCUCCUCCGCGACCAGUCCUCGCAAACUGCCCCCUCCGAGUCUGCACGGCCGCUCGGAAAGCAGCGUGUUCGCCAACCCGUUCAAAGCUCAGGCCGAGCAGAAGCUCAGCGCCUUGCAGCAACACGUGCCCCUCACGAUGCAGGCCAGGCCGUCUCACAUCGGCGGCAAGAGGAUGUGCCUCUCCUACAGGAAGAGUGGAAGAUGUCGAUUUGGGAUCAAGUGCAAGUUUGCGCACGACAGCGAUCUUCAGACCGCGGUUGCUCCCAAUGACUCUCGCGCAACUUCCAGCGACGAAGCGCAAGUUGGCCCCCGGGAGCCCCCGCGGGACGAGGCGGGAGGCCGGCGGGUGAAGAAGCGGCGGGUGGGCGUGAGCGACGCGCUGAUCCCUCCCAAGAAGGCCAUGAAGCAGUACACCAUGCUGAGGAGCAAAGGACACCACAACAUGUACUGAUGGAAAGAUUCCGCCAUUAAACAAAAAGACAAAAGUCUCACUCGUCUGGGCUACCAAUAAACAACGAGUGCGUUGUUAAGACAUUUAUUCACAUCCUCGAAAUGAAAAGUCGGCAUAUCUGCGCCCUUAACCGCAAAGCCUGCAGCACAUUUGCCCCUAAAAGCCCAAACUGUAAACAACUCAUUCCUUAUCUGUACAGGUUAUGACUUCUGCUAAAUGCCACGAACAAUGCAUGAUGGAUUCAUUAACUUAUUGAAUACAAGAACAUUACAUAUAAACACAUUGGCUUUCACCCUGACAGUAGACUUUGUUAUAGACAAAACAAGAUGUUUAACAAUUAACAGAAAAGUUCAUCUGAAACACAAACACGUUAAGUGGCAGCCCUAUUGUCAAUGGUCAUAUAUAGUGUGGACUUAUAAAUAAACAAAGACGGUUGCUAGAACUCUACAGUGUGUUCUGGGUGUAAUUCACUUUUCAAGUUUGUAUACAAGACCGGACAUUAAAUGUUCUGCAUACUUCGUAGUGCCUAUUAACAGUAAGAGCUUUACAACACUCAACCAGCAAACUCACAUAAAAAGCGUUUACAGGAAUACUAUGUACAAAGUUACACACGCACGUAUGCUUCCCUGAUAAGCUAUUCUGGAAAAGCUAACAUAUGACCGAGAGAUCCUACGUUAACCUUCGAACUUCGUAUGACACUUUUGGUGUAGGUGACAUCACGUCGGUCGGUCUCAAAUGACGAUACGCGUCUACGCGUCUCGCUCGGCGCUGUCGGAUAGGGCGCCCCCUCCGCUGAUUUGCUCCCAGGCCGCGCCGCCCGCCCCUUCUGUCGGAAUCGGACGGAAGGAGUUCGCCGGCGGGGAGGAGGGAGCCGGCGCGGGAUUGUCCGGGCUGAAGGUUUCGCUGUUGGACGCCUCCUGGGGCUGGGGCGGAGACAGGAGCGGGGGGCCGGAGUCGGUGGUCUGGGACUGGCUGACUGGCUGGAAGCUCAUUUGGAGGAUCUGCCCUUGGCUCUCCCGCUGGGAGGAGUAGGACUGAAGAGGCCGGAGCCGGGAUUGGCGCUGGGCCGACGGGGAAUGCGUGCUAAAUUGCGGCGGUUGUUGAAUAAACUGGACGGGCAUCUGGAGCUGGACUUGAGUCUGCGGCCGGUGGUCAGCGGGCGGCGGAGGGUCGACGGGGGAAAGGGCAAUCGUCACCGGCACCUGCACGGUGUGGAGCGCCUGCUCUUGUCCCAGCAGAACCACCCGCUGACCGACUUGCGGGGUCACGCGAGUCAUCCGGGAGACCUGAGCCGCUCGCGAACCGACACGUCCUUCCCGGCCCGCCGGCUGAGCUUGCCCCUCGCGGCAGUCUCCGCCCCCGACCUCCGCUAGCACCGGGUCGGCCGGCGGCUCCGGCGAGGUCGCGGGGGUCGUGAUGAGGGCGCCGGCGUUGGCUGCGAGCGCCUCUGCUAUGAGCACCUCCGGGUGACUCUUGGCUUUAUGGGCCACCACGCAGUCCUUCUUCUCAAACUUUUUGCCACAAAUGGAGCAGGAAAACUGAUAGCUGGCGUCGGCGUCGUGCUUCUUCAUGUGCCAGUUGAGGGAUGCCUUCUGGCGACAGGUGAAGCCACAGAUCUCGCACCUAUUAUAGCACAUUCACACAUUUCAGGAACCUGCCGGUGUUAUAGAAAAGUCCACGCAAACUGCGAAAAUGACGGCGGCACUAACUGGAGGGGCUUCUCUCCUGUGUGGAUCAUGCGGUGCACAGCCAGAUUGUGGGAGCUCUUGAAGGCACGAGCACAGAACUCACAGAUGUAGUCCCUCUGAUCUAAAAACCACCAAACAUGAAUGGUAAGACAAA